AUGAGCGACGCCGCGCAAAACCGCUUUAUGAUCAUGGGCUACAACGUCGAGUUCCCUCAAGGCAAGCGGCCGUUCCCUGCACAGUUCGCAGUCAUGAAUAAGGUACUGACGGCACUUAAGACGGAGCAACACGCACUGCUGGAAUCUCCUACAGGGUCGGGUAAGACUCUGGCGCUGUUGUGCUCGUCUCUGACGUUCCAGAAGCAGUUUGUCAAGGACAAAGUCGAGGCACAUAGAAAACAGCAGGAAGACCCGAAAUUCAAAGAGCUGGAGGCCAAGAAACAUGCUCAGGAGGCCCAGUUGAGAGCCAUGGAGACUCAGAUGCAGCUUAUGGAAGCUCAGCAGCAAAUAGAGCAGGCUCGAAAGGCGAGACGAGUGACAGAGGAAGAGGCAGAUGACGCUACCCAAACUACUUUUCAGCCUACCCAAGAGACACAAGCCACACAAGUGGCCGGACAGCAGCUAGAACAGGACGAUGACGACGUGGCGCCCACGCAACCCAGUGCGAAUACCAGCGCCUGGAUGACCACCAGGAAGCGCGAACUAGAGACCGACUCUACCGCCGUCAAGAAGAAGCGAGUGCUGCCCAAAUCCUUCGCCUUCGCCGCUAAAGACGCGGACGUCAAGGUCAAGGCGGAACAGCUCGACGUCGCCCCCGACCAACCCAAAAAGAAGCGCGUGGUGCCUCCUCAAAUCUUCUUCUGCUCUCGCACGCACUCGCAACUGGCACAAGUGGUGGACGAGCUCAAGAACUGCCCCGUGUCGUAUCUCGACUCGCCCGAAGACUCCAACACGUACACGAAGCAACUGCAGACGUGUGUGCUGGGCUCGAAGCGCAACAUGUGCGUUAACCGCAAAGUGAAUCGAGAUCCUUCACAGGUGGACGAGAAGUGUCGAUUGGCACUGGAAGGCUCGUCCUGCUCGUUCUUUAGAAAGCGCAAGAAAACGAACGACCUAAAAAGAAGUGUGCCACCUGUUUGGGACAUCGAAGACCUCGUCAAGCUGGCUCAGAAACACCGCGAGUGUGCGUAUUUCCACGCACGUGAAGCCUUGGACCACGCCAACAUCGUCUUCGCUCCAUACAAUUAUCUAUUGGACCCGACGAUCCGUGGGGCUGUGGGGAUCACGCUCAAAGACGCCAUCAUCGUACUGGAUGAGGCUCACAACGUGGAAGAUACGUGUCGAUCGAGUGCCAGUGUGGAGGUGACUACUGACGCUCUGGCAGCGUCGAUCAAGGCUUUCACGAUCGUCAUCAAGCAUGGCAACCGACCAAAGACGUACAACGCGCUGCUGAAGUUGCUGAAUGGGAUCAACCGCUGGCUGCAGAGUGUGGACUCGAAUGCCAACGCUAUUCUUCAGCCGUCCGGGUAUGAAGAGAAGAGUAAAGUCUGGGACGGCGCAGAUGCUCUAGCCAUGCUGGCCGAGUAUUCUGGACUGACCAAAGACAACCUUGAAGAGAUGAAAGAGAACGUUCAAGAAGUGCGAGAGUACGAAAACGGGCUGGGGAACAGCGCAGAGUCCAGCCAACAGCCUCCAACUCAAGCAGCACAAGAUGCAGCUGCAAAUCCGACGGGUGCCUCAGUUCUGCUAGGUGCGUUGGCUUUGGCUACGGUGGAGAGCAUCAUGAACGUGGUCGACUACAUGUUUCGCGACAGGCUCAAGUUCAUUGAGGACUUUAAACUGGUGGUGAUCAAAUCCAAGUCGACGUGGAAGGAGAACGCGAGCUUCCGAUCUCCCACAAAGAGGAACGGGGGCGACGAAUGGGAGCUGAAAAUGUGCAUCUGGUGUCUGAAUGCCGCUGUGGCCUUCUCGGAUAUUGCGAGUCAGGCCCGCAGCGUCAUUCUGACGUCGGGUACGCUGAGUCCCAUGGAAUCUUUUGCCGGUGAGUUGGGCGUGGACUUCCCCAUUCGCCUUGAGGCCAAUCACGUCGUGAACAUGCGCAAACAAGUGUUUAUUGGCGCGGUCAUGCAUGGCCCAGGCAACGUCGACUUGCAGUCCACUUACAACAACCAGCAGGAUCCUAGGUAUCAAGACUCGAUGGGCCAGCUGCUACUGCAAUACUCGCAAGCGAUCCCAGGUGGAAUUCUCAUGUUCUUCCCGUCGUAUUCGCUGCUGAAUAAACUCACGACACGCUGGAAAAAGACCAAACUAUGGGGCGAGAUCGAGCAGUUCAAGGCAAUCUACUCCGAACCCCGAAAUGCUGGCAAAGACUUUGACAGGCUACUGGAAGAUUACAAAGAAACCAUCACAUGCUCCAAGGAUGGCGACGACGGCAACAAGACUGGUGCCGUCUUUUUGGCGGUUUAUCGCGGCAAAGUGAGCGAGGGCAUUGAUUUCUCCAAUGACAACGCUCGAGCUGUGCUUUGUGUGGGAAUUCCCUUCCCUAGUGUCAAGGAGCUGCAGGUUUCUCUGAAGCGCAAGUAUCAAGACGAGAAGAGCCGCAUGAACAUGAAGCUUGUGAAUGGCCACAUCUGGUACAACCUGCAGGCGUUCCGCGCUCUCAACCAAGCUCUUGGGCGUUGUAUUCGUCAUCGUCAAGAUUACGGCGCCAUUAUGCUGCUGGAUUCAAGACAUCGCUUCAAUAAGCACACCAAGUCUCUUUCCAAGUGGAUGCGACCAUACAUUCAGGAGUUCGAGCACUCGCAGAUGUGCGUUCCGAUGUUCAGCGAUUUUUUUCAGCGGAACAAGAUGGAGUUGCCUCAAGUGGUGUCAGUGCCUUCAGUAGACACGGCUGGAUCGGCUGCAUCGGAGUGGAAGUCGAAGCGAGCGCCUCUUGUUCUCGAAUACGAGGCAGGCAAGAACGGCAACAAGGGGAAGAAGGUCACCAUCGCCCAGGAGAAACGCAUGGCUGCACCGUCAUUGUCGUCUACGCUGACCACAGUGAAGGACUUUAUGGCCAAACAGAACCAGGAAUCGGAUCCACAAGAAAGCGUAUUCUCAAUUUUCCGCCCGCAACCUUCAAAGUAA